GCAGUGGGUCGGUUUGUUUUGUCUGUAGGAGGAGCCACAGACUGUCUACUGUACACUGUGAAAUGGUCUCUCCCACUCUACCUUUCAUUUACCUGGCAGAAAGGACAUAAGACUAUUAGCUAAUGCUAUCAGCAUUGUGAAUUCCUAAGUUUACGAUGCUGCAUGGCUGCAUCACUGGUGUUCAGACUGCAUGACAGAGGUCCAGAGGUGGUGAGGGAGGUGCUUCUGGAGCGAGGAUGGGAGGAAUACGACCAAGAAAAACGCAAGGAGGAAGACUGGAACCUCUACUGGCGGGGCUCUGCAUUUCGCAACUCCGAAUAUCACAACCUGUUGCCAUGGCAGCGGCUCAACCACCAUCCCAAAACUGUUGGCAUCACACGCAAGGACUGCUUGGCACGUAACCUGAGGAGAAUGAGAGCCACGUUUGGUUCAGCUCUCUACGACUUCAGUCCCACCGCCUUCAUCCUCCCCAACGACUACACCCGCUUCCUGUCUGAAUACAACAAACUGCGUCUGUCCAGAGGGCCGUCGGCCUACUGGAUAUGUAAGCCGGUGGAUCUCUCCAGAGGCAGAGGGAUCUUCAUCUUUGAGGACAUUAAGGACUUGGUCUACGACUGCUCUGUGAUCGUACAGAGGUACAUCAGUAACCCUCUGCUGAUCUCCGGCUACAAGUUAGACCUGAGGAUCUACGCGUGUGUGAAGAGCUUUCAUCCACUGACUGUUUACGUUCAUCAAGAAGGCCUGGUGCGUUUCGCCACUGAGAAAUACAACCUGUCAUCGCUGCAUAACCUGUACGCUCAUCUCACCAACACCAGCAUCAAUAAGUUUGGUCCCUUCUACAAAACCGAAAAGGAGAGAGUAGGCCAAGGAUGCAAGUGGACCAUGAGCAAGUUCAGGCAUUUUCUCCACAGCCAAGACAUCGACGAGCUUCUUCUGUGGCAGAGGAUCAACCGCAUCGUCACUCUGACCCUGCUCACCAUCGCUCCCUCCGUCCCCUCCUGUCCAAACUGUGUGGAGCUGUUUGGCUUCGACAUCCUGAUUGACGUCAAGUUCAAACCUUGGCUCCUGGAGGUUAACUACAGCCCUGCGUUGACUCUGGACUGCCAAGCAGAUAUUACGGUGAAGAAAGGGCUAAUCGGCGAUCUGAUUGAUUUGAUGAACUAUACGCUGAUUGACAGCUUGAGAGAGAAGGCCUAUCAGAGACGAGGGUACACACAGCCUUGUUUCCAUGCCAACCACCCCUCCAGAAGUCCCUUUCAGAAGCGAAGGACUGGUAGCCCGUCCCCACAGACCCUCCCUUUGAUAAAAACGCUUGAAAAGAUGAACCAAAGGCAGUCCAGACAACAUGCGUUUGUAGCCGACUACCAAAGGCACCUUCCCCCUGUCGACAUAGACAAGACACAUGCAUCCAGGGGCAGAAUAGUCGACACCACAGCCAACAAAACCCGCACAGACAGGAAGACCCUAAACCUGAUACUCAGCCCACAUUCAAGGACAAAAGUGUCAGUGGUAAACAGACAGACGUGUCCAGCUCUUGCACCGUGGCUGGCGGACAACAGUCCUCGCGUGUCUGAGGUUACAGACCAUGACGCCACUGAAAUAGAAGCUGAGAUGGAGCUCGCAAGAGAGACAGACGUUUCCUCUUCGAUACGUGAUAUCCCACACAGGGGGCUGGGAUUCAGACGGUCAAAGCUUCCGAACAUUUACAGUGGGAGUCACCGACCGGUAAAGAUGGAGAGAACAAAAGCUCUAAACAGACAACAUAUUCCUCCGCUCAGAGUUGGAGACUUUAUACGGACAUUCCCAUUUAAUACAGCCACUCUGAGGGCCUCGCAGCAUCAACUGGAUGUCAAGAUAGUCAUACAGGAGCUUCACAGGGUCACUGCUCAGUUGGCUACAUCAGGCAGCAAGUUGAGGAUAGAAGAGGAGAAGGUGAAGAAAGAUGGUGAAGAAGACUUUGAUUCAUUGUUGUGGGGGCCAAAGGAACCUCCAUUACUCAGUCAAUUCUUCAAAUCCACUUAG